ACAUCAAGAUCAAGUAGCAGACGACAGGGAAGGAAGAGAGAGCGGCAUGGAGGUCGUGAACAGCAAGGGCGCCCUGCUGAGCAACUACGAGGUGUACACGCUGCUGCAGGAGGUGUGUCAGCAGGGGAACAAGGGCAAGCGCAACAUCAACAAGACACAGACGCAUCUCGCAAACAUUGCUUUUGAUACUCUAAAAUACCUUGAGAGAACGCCUUGCAAAAUCCAGAGCCCAGAGGUGAUCCAGCGCUUCCUCGAGGCAACCAAGAACUUCAAGCUGACCAAAGCCGAGAAACUCCAACUCAUCAACCUGAGACCAACAACCCCGGUGGAGAUGCAGCUGAUCAUUGAGGAGAGUGAGGACCGGCUGACAGAAGAACAGGUGGAGCAGCUCAUCUCGUUAGUGGAGCUGCACCUGCCUGACCCCGCCGCCUCCGCACAACAAAUGGCUAACGGUCCCGCACAAUAACCUCUCGCCCCCGCUGUUGCUCCCUAACCUGACAGAUAUUUAUAGUUUUUUUGUUUUCUAUGGAAUAAAUUUUUUUAUGAAUGUUGA